AGUGUAGUAAGAGUUACGUAUAUUCUACCUAACAAGAGUCAGGUUAAGGUGAAUAGUGAAUCAGUUUUGUGCAUAUGAACAGAUACGAGGCAUUUUCUUAUCGUUCGUCUAGCGCACGAGAGAUAACUGGAAUAUUUGUUCAGGAGGUUUGAGUAAAAAUCAGUCGAGGAAGUUUUAUUGAUCCAAUCCACGCCUGGAAUCGCGUAUUUUCCCAGUUAUUUUCGGACAGUGCUUAUUCGCGUGGAAAACCUCUUUUUGUGGUGCGCCUGAAACUUGACCGGAUUUAAUUUGCAAUAGGCACUUUUCUUUAUGCUGCUCGGUUGCACCGCAUUCCGUCUGACCAUCUUCCGCUUGCUUAUUGCAGUAUGAAGUUGACGGACCACUACGAUUAUCCUCAGUACUGCCUGGAAGAUUUGUAGGAGCUACAGCGGGUUUCUCAAAAAAUUGGACCAACAAAUAUGUCUCACAGUGUAACAGUUACCCGAACAACAACAACAACCACAACCUCUGCCAUUAUUAUAAACACUGGAUAUUUGAAAACAUGGCCAGGACUUCUAAAAUUUGCUGAAUUGAUACUUGGCAUUGUCACCGUGGGUUUGGUGGCUUAUUACUACCAGAAGUAUAACAUUACCCAAACACCAGAAACAUUCUUUCUGUUGACGGCAGUUACGUUUAUGAUUGGAACAUUCCUGAUAUUAUUAGCCUGUUUGAUAUCCAUAUCAACAUCAUCCAUUCUUUCGAAAACCAUCUAUGAACUUGUCUACCAUGGGUUUGCUUUUCUUCUACUUCUGGCAGCCAGCUUAACGUUCAUCAUCGAAGUAAACCACAAGAAGCGAUCCUACUCUUAUGACUACGAACCUUAUUUUGCGGCUGCUAUUAUAGGUUUAAUCAAUUCCGGACUGUAUCUUCUAAGCACAAUUUUUGCCCAAAGAAGUUACAGAGGAUUGUAAGCUGUGUCAAUGGCCAGCUCACUCACUUCUCGAUUCGUAUUAUACCAAGGAAGACGCUUAGAACAUUUAGAUACAUAAGCUCUUGCAGUUGUUGAGUUAUUUUUAAGUACAUACUUUCUUAAACUGUAUCAGCAAUGUUGCAAGUGAAGGUAUAAGAUCUGCACUGUACAUUAGUCGUAUUUUAGUUUCAAUGCACAUUAUAUGUAACCAUUCUUUCAUCUAUUUUGUUCCAAACUCAUAGCUUUUAUAAAGAAGUAAACAUUUCGCUUAUAUUUUUCGAUAUACUUUAUUUUUGUACAAGGAACCUGAACAUACACCGGUUUGUUUAUAUAUUGAAAAGUUUAUUUUUUAUGUACUUACAACUUCUUAUAAAGUGUUGAAUUACGGAAUAACACUUUUGAACUGUAUCUUUAAGACGUUUUUCAUAUAUAUAUUUAUUACAUUAUAUAAAGAUGUUCGAAGCAAGGAUAGUUUGGAAAACUAAUAUUCUUGCAAAAUUUUAAGCGCUUUUGAUAUAUUUACCUACUGUAUUUAUAUAUGCUAAUUUUUACAUUUAGAAACUUUUGCUGCCAUAACUCAAGCUACAUUGUGCCUUCGAUGUUAGUCUCGUAUAAUAACUUUAUAUUUAUAUAAAUAAUAAAAAUAUUUUGUUAAUUUUUAUGCUUUAACAUGUUUUAUUCGAGUCUUAGAUAAUACAGAGAAGGUGUAAUUCCUCAUCAAAUUUAUUGGCCAAAUAUUAAUUCAAUUAUUGCCACCAAAUAACAUUUGGCUGAAUGUAAAAACAGCUGAAACCAAAAACAAACUCCAAGAGAAAGACAGGAAAAUAAUAUAAAAAAAAACGGUGGUGAUAUAUAAAGAGGUAGAAUACAAAGAAACAUCCUAAGAACUUGACUGUCAUUAACUAAAACCGAAGUAAACCUGCACUAUUUUUCGUGCAGAAAUUGAGAUGUAGAAUGGAAGUAUUGCAGUAACAUUUGGUUCGGAUCUGUAAAAAGAGGGAUGGCAAGUCAAGCUGAUACAGAAUUUUAAAAUUGUGUUAUUUUUCUUCCCUUAUCUGUGCCAACCUACAUAAGCACAUUAAUGAAACUUUGUUAACUUUCUUUUAUGAUGACAAAAUACUAAUAAAUUUAAUUUGACUUAACGCACAAUACGUGAAAUUGUUUCAGAAAUGUAUCCAAUAUUCUAUCUGAGUACGACAGUCGGUGCCAUCUGACGUUACAAAAAUCCAUGUUUUCCAUAUUUAAAAUGUGCCUUUCUAUCUAAUUCCGUCUACGACACAGUUCAUAAAAGUUACAUUUAAAAAUCUGCGAUCAGUAAAUUUCGUUUUUUAAGUUAAACAACUUAAAAAACGUGUGUCAUUUUACAAUCAUGCAGACUUUCUAUUGGGUAUUAACUACGUAAGACUAGAUUAACAUAGUCAACGAUUAAAAACUGUCCGUAAUGAUUGCUUAAAAUAGUACAAAUUUGAUAUCUUAUCUUCACUAGAAUUAGAUAACAAAAAAGUAUAUGUAUAGCGUUUAAACGUAAUUUGCCAAUUCGCUGCGAAACCUACACGUAUAUCAAUUAUGUCGGAAGCUAAAGAUUCUAAAGCUCGUUACCGCAGUUUUCCGAAAGUCGACUUUUCUCGAGCUUCGGAAACAGAUCCUGAAUUAAUAUACUACAAGCUGUUCACAAAGCAAAAUCCGGAUAAUUGUAUUCCACUAACUCAUGAAAAUGUAGAGCAACUAGACGUUGAUAAAACGGUCAAAACUGUCUGGUUGAUUCACGGAUGGACUUCAAGUGAUACCACCCCAUGGUAUGAACCUUUAAAAGAUGCAUAUUUGGACCUAGGUCAUAAUGUAAUUUAUGUCAACUGGACCAAAUACGGAAAUUUGUCCUAUGGAAUGUCUUCCGCAAAUGUUAAGCCUGUAGGCGAGAUCAUUUCAAUUUUUUUGAGUAAAUCUGGAAUUCCUGCAGAUAAGAUCCAUCUAGUUGGCCACUCACUAGGUUCCCAUUUAGCUGCUUUCAUAGGCAAAUCAUAUCAAAGUAAGUUUGGAGAAAAAAUAGGCCGAAUUACUGCCUUGGAUCCUGCUGGACCGCUUUGGUCACACAAAGACAUGACUAAGCAAGAGAAAUUAUGCGAAUUAGAUGCACAUUUUGUUGAUGUAAUCCACACUGACAUUCAGGUGUAUGGAUACACUCAUCCAUGCGGACAUAUCGAUUUCUACCCAAAUGGUGGAACGAAUCAACCCGGUUGUACGGAUCCAAAUAAUAUAGAAUCCAGCAAUCAUUAUUGCGCGCCUAAGUUCUUUAUCGAAUCUAUAUACUCACAAGUACCAGCGACGGAAAUCGAUUUUCAGGAAGAUGCCGGCUACAACAUAAUUAUAACGCACAAAGAGAAACCUGCCCAUAUUACAUUCGGAGAACACGUUGAUUCUAAAAGCACAGGAAUUUAUUACUUUGAAACUCACAGUUCCAGGCCGUUUCUGAAAACAGUUAAUUUGAAGAUUAAUGAUGAUCAAGACUCGUAGUUUAAAAGAUUCAUUACAUUAUUUAUUAUAUUAUUUUAAAGAAAUUUUUCAGCUUUUCAACAAAAGCACUAAAAGCGUCUGAACUUCUGCUUCUUUUGAGAUAGUAUUCUUGAAAUCCCAGCGCAUAAGGGGGCUGAUCACCAGUUUCAAGGUAGUACGUUCCUCUGGUACUAAAAAGUUCCAAACAAAUAAAUUGAAUAAAAUUCUUGUUGUGUUGAAAUUAGUUAAGGUUACUUACAAAUAAUAGACAUUUUCACCCAUUA